CUUCUUCAUCGGUUCUUCAAUCUCUCUCGAUUCUCGAUCCUCUAAAUCGUUUAAGCCAAAGCUUUUUCUCUGUAACCCAUUUGAACCUUUUGGAGAUGGCGAGAACUAAGCAAACGGCAAGGAAGUCCACCGGCGGUAAGGCUCCAAGGAAGCAGCUUGCUACUAAAGCUGCCCGGAAAUCUGCUCCGGCUACUGGAGGAGUUAAGAAGCCCCACAGGUUCAGGCCAGGAACCGUGGCGCUUAGGGAGAUCAGGAAGUACCAGAAGAGUACGGAGCUCUUGAUCCGAAAGCUCCCAUUUCAGAGACUGGUUCGUGAGAUCGCACAGGACUUCAAGACUGAUCUUAGGUUUCAAAGCAGCGCCGUUUCGGCCUUGCAAGAGGCAGCUGAGGCAUAUCUGGUUGGAUUGUUUGAGGACACGAAUCUCUGUGCCAUUCAUGCUAAGAGGGUUACCAUCAUGCCCAAGGAUAUUCAGUUGGCUCGAAGGAUCAGGGGAGAGAGGGCUUAGGGCUUGAUAUACUGUUCAUAUUGUUCAGUUUCUGUGUUUUAACUCCUAGUGCUGAUCGUAUGGAGAGAAGUUAUUCUGUCUUCUUUUUGUUGUUAAUGGUGGAAUCUACUGUAUUAAAUCUGUGAAAUUAAUCAGUGUUUUGUUUGCUAAA